AAAAAGGACUCAGCACCCAGACACACUGCAGGCUCUUGAAGAAGACAGUAUUUUCCCGGGAGCUAGAGGAUUUUCCUGUUAUUCUCCGUGCAGUUCGAAUUCUGUCAAUUAUUAUCUAAUUAGUCAUCUCUCCAGAGGUGGACUGUCAUUAAAAAAAUAGAAGGUGUGUGUUUGUGGGUGAGUAUGUGCAUGUGUUGUGUAUGCAGGGGGCAGGGAGGGGGAGAGUGGUCAAAUAGGAAGUGCCUUGGUAUUUAUGUUGAAGUGCACACUGGUUUAAAUUACCCACUGGGAAUAUGAUUAUGCUUAAUCUCUGCUCAGUCGAAAGGGGCUGGGGCUGCUUUCUCCCCUCCCUUCUUGACUCUCUGUUCACAUAACUUAGGCUGCCUCCAGUCAGCCUUUGCCCACUAGACUCACUGGCCCUGAGCACUUGAAGGUGCAGCGAGUCACUGAGGAUGAGCACUUUCUUCUCAGACACGACAUGGAUCUGUCUGGCUGUCCCCACAGUACUGUGCGGGACAGUAUUUUGCAAAUACAAGAAGAGCUCGGGGCAGCUGUGGAACUGGAUGGUCUGCCUGGCAGGCCUCUGUGCAGUCUGCCUACUCAUCCUGUCCCCGUUUUGGGGCUUGAUCCUCUUCUCUCUGUCAUGUUUCCUCAUGUAUACUUACUUAUCUGGCCAAGAGUUGUUACCUGUGGAUCAGAAGGCAGUCCUGGUGACAGGUGGUGAUUGUGGGCUUGGUCACGCUUUGUGCAAGUAUCUGGAUGAGCUGGGCUUCACGGUAUUCGCCGGAGUUUUGAAUGAAAAUGGCCCAGGAGCUGAGGAAUUGCGAAGAACCUGCUCCCCGCGCCUCUCGGUGCUCCAAAUGGACGUCACGAAGCCAGUGCAGAUAAAAGAUGCUUACAGCAAGGUUGCAGCAAUGCUGCAGGACAGAGGACUGUGGGCUGUGGUCAACAAUGCUGGGGUGCUUGGCUUUCCAUCUGAUGGGGAGCUUCUUCCUAUGACUGACUACAAACAAUGCAUGGCCGUGAACUUCUUUGGAACUGUGGAGGUCACAAAGACAUUUUUGCCUCUUCUUAGGAAAUCCAAAGGAAGGCUGGUGAAUGUCAGCAGCAUGGGAGGAGGGGCCCCAAUGGCAAAGCUGGCAUCUUACGGCUCAUCAAAGGCGGCUGUGACCAUGUUCUCAUCAGUUAUGAGAAUCGAGCUUUCCAAGUGGGGAAUUAAAGUUGUUUCCAUCCAACCUGGAGGCUUCCGAACAAGUAUCGCAGGCACGAGUGACAAGUGGGAAAAGCUGGAGAAGGACAUUCUGGACCACCUACCCGCUGAGGUUCAGGAAGACUACGGCCAGGACUACAUCUUAUCGCAGAGGAAUUUCCUCCUAUUCAUCAACGCGGGGGCCAGCACAGACUUCUCUCCGGUGCUGCGGGACAUCCAGCAUGCUAUCUCGGCGAAGAGCCCCUUUGCCUAUUACACGCCAGGGAAAGCCGCUUACUUGUGGCUCUGUCUUGCUUUCUAUUUGCCUAUUGGCAUAUAUAAUUACUUUGCUGAAAGAAAUUUUGGCAAAGACGAGCCCAUGCCCAGAGCUCUAAGCAUGCCUAACUAUAAGAGGAAGGCCACCUAGGCAAUGGAAGACCUCAAAGAAGUGGGAAUGUCAUAGUCUUGAAAUGAAAAGGAAACUGGGUUUCUCAUUAAAGUUGUUUCCUACUCUUCA